AUGGUGUGCUUGGCCACCUGUUCAGGGGCCAGGGCAUGCUCCGAUUGGAUCGAUUUGCAAGAGGAAAGGGGAGGAUCCCAGCGUUUCACCGCUGAGGCCUCCGUGCGGGUCUUCCACCUGGCAGCCGCGCUCCGGAACCGGGGGCACUUGGCCGCCACCUUGGACCCGCUGCGAGGGAAGCAAUCACGACAGCUCUCUCCGAAAGAACCUGUGCACUGGAGAAUUGGUGGCAAACAUGGGCAGAAGAUCCCCAGCAUCGAUGUGAAUCGGUGCCUGGGUCCUACACCGGGAGAGCAUUGA